GAUGAUGUCUUUGCUUGCUUUGUUGGAACGGACAGACAAUUGAAUUCUUUUUUAAAUUACAUUAACUCAUUAUAUAAUCGUAUAAAAUUUACUAUCGAAAUUGAACAGGAUAACUCUAUUAAUUUUUUAGACUUAACUAUCACGAAAACGCAAAACAAAUUAGAUUUUUCCAUUUAUCAUAAACUUUCACACACGGACACAGUUAUACACAGACUUCUUAAUACGCCCCUCUCAACAGAAAAUUACAACAAAGAACUUAAUAUCAUUAAACAAAUUGCACUCAACAACUACAAUCUACAAUCCGUCCAUUACAGAUACAAUUAUAAAUAAAAAACAAAUCCAGAUAACAGUAAACUCUAUUUAUCCGAAUCCUAAUACAGAACAUGAACAAUUUAAAACAAUUACAUACAUAGGAGAACCCAGUGAAAAAGUUUCAAAACAUUUGUCACAAUGUGGUUUAAUUGGACAAACAGGUAGAAGAGCGUUUAAAAACAAUAGUCUGGAUUCUAAUUAUGCUACAGAUUUAAACACAGAAAAACACAUUUUUAACGACAAUUUUGACAUUUUACAUAUAGCCACAAAAAGUAUAAGAUUUAAUUUAUUGGAAGCCAUGGAAAUUAACAAAAUGAGACAUUCAAAUGUAAUGCUUAACGAUCAAUUAGAUUUAAAUACCUCUCCUUUAUUGAACUUAAAUUCUCACAACAACAUCGCUCAUUUUUCGGUAUAUAUGGGAGCAGGUAGUUCGUAAAUAUUAUAUUUCAUAAAGACACGGUGUUGUCGAAACAAUUGUCAUGUCAUAAUACAUAAUUUCGUGAAAAUCUGUACUUUUAGUUCUUAUUCAUUUUGAUAAAUGGAUUUUCAUUAAGUAAAAGCCACCUCAGUUCAAGAGACCUUAUUUGUGGAUUUUUUUGGUCGCGUACUUUCUCGCGUUAAUAUUUAUUCCAAGUGUGUCCGCAGGGAAUUCGGUUACUCUACCUGACGUGAUUAUGCCCAACAAGAGGCAGGUGAGUGGGUAAUAAUUGGGAUCCUAUUGGUUACCGUUCGUGGGAUAGCUUAAAAAUGGAUUUAUGCUAAAGUUUUUUUGGUAGCGUUGAUUUUGGUAAAUUAAUGCGUGUACUUUACAAUUUCGAUGGCUGUCCGUCCUUUGGUUCUUUAUAGGCGCAUAAAUUUGAAAAUUUGUGGCGCAUUUUAUUUACACAAGAGUCAAUUGCGAAUUCAAUCUGGUUUGGUGUUAAAGAUUCAACGUUACGAGCACAAAUAAGCCAAGCUGGCCACAUUGUCGGGGAAGCACAAUUGUUUUAAAUUUAAAUAAAGUCACAGCCGACAAUCUCGUUGGCGUAUAUUUUUGCUCGGUUGACUCAGUCAUCCACUAAAAAAAAAUUUAAAAAAUCGUUCAAAAUAUUUACAUUUUGUUUUAUUUUUGUCAAGUAUAACAUUAAUAGAAUAUUCAAUUAAAGUUAAUUUUACCAUAAAUCUUAACAAUAACAAUUUUUGGUAUUUUAAAAUCUUGACGAUUCACAAUUUUAAAGCAAAAAGGUGAACAUUACAUCGGAAAUGUAAACAAGUAACUUUAAAUAACCCUAUCCUUAUUUCCCUUUUUUCCUUGCUAAAACUUGGAGAAGAUGUCACCAUUAAAUGUUUGAUCACAACUAAAUAAAUAAGAAAUUCCGUAUAUUACUUCAAAUAUCAACUAAUUAAUAACAUUGAAAUUCUUUGAAAUCCAUGUAUACAUGCCAACACCUAGGCCUGAAACACCUGUGCAAUAAAUAAAUGUUUUAUUUUCCAAAGAAAAACAAUUGUUUUUAUAUCUAGAUUACUUAUCAGUAGUCGCUGUGAAUACUCGCCUCUCUAAUCCAUUUCUCCUAAUUCUAUAAUAGCGAGACAUUUAAAUCAAUAUUCUAUUAAAUUUCUGCUAAUUUGUAUGCAUGAAAUCCUUUAGUGCACUGAUAAAUCAUCUAAGGAUAAAGAGUGUACAUUAGAAACCUUUGGAUUUUGCCCUUGAUAACAGCAGAGCCUCAGUGAUAAGUAUAUGCUAUUGGUUGUCAUAGCUUUUAGUGUUUAUGUGAAAACGUGCAGAUAUUAAUAAGGUAUAGUAUUACAUAUAUCUCCGUCUAAUAGUAAGUGUGUUGAGUGUAGUUUUCUUUGAGAGUGUAGUUCUGAGUGAUAUUUUAUUUCUACAAUCCACCCCACAUCAAUAUACCGUAACCUAAAAAAAGGCUCUACAGAUGAACUGUAUAUUAAGAGGAGCAAAAACUUGGACAUAAUCUGCCUUAUUUGAUAAAAGAACAACUUCCUUAUUUUCUUAGACAAAUAACAUAUAUGAUUUUCCCACUGGAUCAAUAAUUAGUCCUAAAUAUCUGAUCUCAGCACUUUCUUUAAUUAUGUCAUCAGUCCCGUCAAUUUUUGUAUGGUCUAUUUGCCCUACUUAUAGAAAAGGACAGACGAUGUUCACUCAAUCAGUCUCUCGCUAUGAGCGAACUAUUCUGUGCAAGUGAUCGUGUCUCAUGUCAAGUGUCACCACGAGGAAGGAGAACAGUAUCAUCAGCAAAGGAUUAACUAUCUAACCCCUAGAAUUAAUGACAGAAGUUCAUGGAUAUAAUGCAGAAAAAGUACUGGGCCAAUCACAGUCCCCGGUGGGACUUGCAAAGUCACUUUCAUUAGUUCACUGAGGAUACCAUUCACUUUAGCUUUUAGUUCAAUUUUUUUGAAAUUUCUUUAAUUAGUGGAAACAGGGUCAACUGUGCUUUUCCUUUUUUACUUUAUUCUUAGCAAUAAAAUCUACCAAUCGUUCAUUAGACCCUUUCCAAAUAUUUGUGCAAAUGCGUUAAUGAGGUUGUUCGGCCUAUAGUUGUUAAUUUUAGACUUGUCACCAGAUUUCUAGAUAGGAAUUACGACAGCACUUUUAAAUUGGGUAGAAACUACUCUUAAGACAUAAAAUAUGUUGAUGUAUAUUCUUAAUUAGACUGACAGGUAUAUUAUCUAUUUCUGGUGCCCGACCGUGUUUUAAGGUAGAUGUAUGUUUUAUUACACCAGCAUCAGUUAGAGGAACCAAAAACAGCACCUCAAUGUUCCCUUUAACGCAUUUUUUUUUAAUUUAUCGCGUAUUUUUAUGGUUCUGCAGAUAUCGAGAUAAUCGUCAAUUUUUUGGUAGAACAAAUCAGAGGCAAGUUGUGCUUGCUUACAUCGCAGUAUAUCAAAUCAGUUUUAUUAUUUAGUUUAUUGUUUAAUUUAAGUUGAUCAUACUAAUUAGAUGCUUUAAUUGCCUGUUGUUGAAUAUUACUCGCCUGGUCUUCUUCUUUUUCUUGGUGUGCCUAUCCGUUCCGAAUGUUGGCGGUAACCAAAGCGAUCUCAACUUUGUUGACUGCUGUUCUGCAUAAUUCUCUUGCUGACACGGAAAACAAAUCUUCCAGGUCCUCUUCUGCCCAAGAUCUUUCCUUGGAGUAUCAACUGAAGCAGACCGUAUCUCUUUUGGUUUCUCAUUAUCUAUCCACUAUUUCGCAAUCUUUCUGAAGCAUAUCUAAUCCAGGAAAUUCUAAGAAUUCGUCUGUAGCGACACAUCCCAAAGGCUUCAAGUUUCUUUGUGGACGUCAAUGUCCAGUAGCCAGUAGCUAGUAAAGUUGACCAAUCUUUAACUUUACUAGCCCGCAAUUUGGCGAGUAAACUAGUUUCAACGCUGCCUCGAUUACACAGGGGUAGCUUACUAGCGGAUAGUAAAAAGAACGAGAAUACGCGGUAUCGAGCACAACUUCGUGUUUAUAAUUAAUAUUAUCAGGUUCCCUGUAUCUAACAUAACGAAAUCAGCUGUGCCGCCGCCUCCCCCCGCCGCCAGCGACACACGAAGACCUAAACGUCCAUCCGAGUCGUCCCGUGUCGUCACAAACGCGUAAAUAAUUAGGACGCGAUGAUUUCGACUUACGCAUAUACGACACCGUCGUCGUCGUCGCCGGAGCUGGCCCGUCCGACAGUCUCCCGCGUGACGUAGUCGAGGCACAGACGUAUCCGCAGACGGUCGCGCCAUUACAAUGUCGACCGAAUCGAUUUCCUACCCCCACCACCACCACCACCGUCAGCUCGCGGAGACGAACGCGAUCGCGAGCCGAACGUUCCAGUCGAGGCCCGAGGUUCGGCCGAAGAACAACACUAUGGCGACCUGCUACGCCGCGUACGAAUUGAGUUCCUCUGCUGCUGCUGCUGCUGCUGCUGUCCAGCAGCAGAGGACGGUGCAAGUGCCUGUGCAAAAGGACUACUCGAGGCCGCUGCACGUCGACUGCAGCGUCGAAUACGAACUGCCCAACACCGCGAAACCUCCGCAGGGGGUCCGCAACGAGCCGCUCCUCAUGAUCCACCCGUGUUACUUUCGGAAGAUCGAGAGCCAACGCAGGAGUCCGUUCAUCAACAACCUUCCUGCGUCGAGGGUGACCGCCGCGACGGUCAAACGACGGAUGCCCAGAGGUCAGCAGCUGCCGCAGCAAGUGCCGAUUCAAGCCGCCCAGUAUCCCGCGCAGUAUUCCCAGGAACGGAGCUUUUGGGAACCGAUGCCUCCCCUAGUGCCAAUCUCCCAGUCGGCGUAUUGCAAACGGGAACCUCCCGCGGGUUCCGCUUGCGGCGCCUACGCGACCACCGCCCGGGAUUCGGGACACUGGACCGAUCCCGAAUGUUCGCCCGAUCGUCCAGACGACAAACACAUACUGACCGGCAAGUACCGGCAGUACCUGAGGGCGCACAGACUGCAUCCCUACGUCGGUUCCGCCAUCCCGUUAGCGUCGACGUUCCCGCAGAUUCAGCAGGUGUGCUACAACGUGUGAUCGCUGUGAUAUGGUCGUAAUGAGAGAGCGCGGAGGCUUUUGUUCGUGUAGUUUCCGUCACCUUCCUUGUGAUAAUAGUGUGUAAUCGUCGUGUUCCGGGCGCGCAAGCGUCUCUCCGGGGCGUGGUAGUGGUGAUGCAGAUGAUAGAUCAGCUGUGUACGUGUAUUUCCGUGACCUAAACGCCGCAUAUUCUGUUCUUGGAUUAGUGAUGGUUUUGUGGUUUUCCCUCAUGUGUCUGCGACAGGUUUGAUUUGAAUUAUCUCCCGGCCGACCGGGGUUGCCGACUUUUUCGAGGCGAACUAUAGAGUCUUUUAGAAUUAAACGUACCCGGGCAAAAGCAUUUUCCGUUACUUGGAAAGUCACCGUUCCUGGAUAUUAUCACUUAUCUCCCAUGGAUACUAUAUUCUGGUCAAAGAUUAGUGACGAUUUCGCGUUUUUCUCACUUAAACGGUGUCUACGACAAAUUUGAUUUGGAUUAUCCGUCGUCCUAUUAGGGUUGCCAACUCUUUUCAGCCGAAAUGUAGGGAAGUAUAACCAUAACCUGUUCUCGUAAUAGUUUUGUGUUUCAUUCGAAUCCUUGGACCGUUUCGGUUCGAAACGUAUCCGUCAGAAAUCGUAAGUUACGAUCACCAGCGAUGGUAAAAUUAUAGUUUUCUCGUCCGUAUCCCUCUGCGAGGUAAAGAUCGAGUUGGAUAAUUACAUGCAAUUCGAAAACUCGUUGGACGUAUAUGAAUAUGGCGACGUCUUCCGAUUUGUGACGAUUGCGUUUCGGAGGAAAAAACAUCCAAGCUGGUAUGUGAAAGCGAAUUCGUUGGAAACUUGUGUUUCGCCUGGUGUUUUCGAAAUUUGUUUAUUAUUUAACCUUAUUUAGUGAUACAUUUUAUAAUUUCAGCUGAUAUACAUUCCCUGGUUAUAAAACCUAUUUUAAUGAAUUAAUAAUGAAAGGUAUUCAGGCGAAGGGUUUUUUCUAGUGCUGGAAACUGCGUUGCCAACUUCGAAUGGUACGAUAAAACGAGCAGAGUCCUUCAUUUUGAAAUAAAUGAUUGCGAAUUGUUAUAACGUAGUUCGUCCGUGUUAAGUUUAAAUUUUUCCUCUGAACGCAUAUUUUCAAUAAUAGAAAAGUACAGAAUGGCAUAUGAUCGUGUUUCAAAAUAAAAUGUCAGUCUUGCGUUUGGUACGACCGCUUAUCUAUGGAACUAAUUAGAAAUGCAUCGACCACCAGAUGUUCUUUACAAUGAUUAUUAAUAGUGGUUGAGAUAGUCUGAAGAUCGACCUGAUUCGGUUACUAUCUCUAUUUUCUUAAAAUCAAAAAAAUUUAUUGCAAUCGUUUGGAUCCGGAUGAUUUUACUUUAUAUAUCUACUUAGUUACCUUAUACGGUAACGUGUAUGUUUUUUCUUGAUAGUGUACUACUGUACUAACAUGGCGUAUAUGCGUAUAGAUCCCGUUAAUUGGGUGUACGCUGGUACCUUUCGUUCUGUAUCGUAAAAUAUUUGAUACGGCUUCUAACGAAACCUUUCAAAAUUAGUUAUGUGAAAAUGAACUAAUCGUAUAAAUCAUUUUUCACUUCUUUUCAGUAUCCACACAGGCCUUGUUUCGGCCACCCGUUGGCAUUAUGAGUUCGAUAGAUUUCCGGUCGUGCUAUUCCUGUAAAUUUUCUUAAAAUAUAAUAUAAUGCUAUAUAAUAUAGUACGGUUGGCAACCCUAGGCAGGCCGGAAGGUCCCAAUCGUCUACUAAGUUUGGUAAAAUAGCUUUAACGAAUUCUAAAACAGUAAGUGCUUGAAAACUUUUUACACACCAACCUUUAGGAACGUUAGGGGAGUUUAAUUAAACCGCUUAUCGAUUAAUAUUUUAUACACGCAUCCGGUGUUAUUUGAAUUGCGAAAGCUCGACAGACCGUCGGCACAUGAAAGUUUUCGAUUCACCGUCUACGUAAAAUAUCGAUUCACAGGGUACCUAUCGUAGUGGUUAUUAGUUCCUGGUACGCUAUUUACGACUUUUUUUCUCAUAAUUGCUUUUAAUGGAGGGUCGUCUCUAAUUGUUCGUACUCACCUUCGGGUUUUGUUCAGUCAACAGUUCAAGCUGUUGUGUCUCUUGAUUACUUUCUAAAUAAUUUUUAACAAUUCCGCCACUAUAUUAUUCAACCGCUCCGUGUUUUAGUGUCUACGUAUGUAAAAAUAGAACUUUCGAAAAAUAUCUGAGUGUUGCUAGAGUUGUAACUAAGUAAAAUUCCUCAAAAAAACACAAAAAAAAGGAUGGCGCGUCCCGAAGGACGCGCUUGCUUAACAGAUAAUCCUACGUCUUUCAUUAGAGUUUAGAUUUAGGUAAAAAUUAAAAGAAUACGCUGAACUUAUGGCAGAAUAUCUACGGGUUUUUUAUAGUAACUAGUGAAACGUCGAUAGACAAUACGAAGGCCGCGUUUUCAAGUUGAAUUUUGUCGCAGAUACGAAGACGAUGUCUCUUUAUUUAUUUCGUCGCGUAGGUCAACGUAAUUAUUAAUAUUAUUAAAUCGACUGAAGUUUUUUAGUAGGUAUUUUGAUAUAUCUCGGAUGUCCUUUGUUACCGGCAUAUUUUUGCGAAAUUUUGAGCUGAUUUGAGCUGUCAGUAGCAUUCCAGACUUUAAACUGAAUCACGCUGAGAUAAGUUCAAAGUAUCUUCGAUAGAAAAAUAAGUGUCAAAUUUAGGAAAAGAAACGUAUAAUCCGUAAUAUACAAUGUAAAGGCGUGACGUGGAAAUUUCGCGGUCCGCCAACGUUUGUUUCAUUACGGGCCGUGAAAUUUUUACCGUGAACAUUAUAGCGAAAACACUACUACAUUCUAUAUUCAAAUAGCUACUUUCUACACCAAAGAAAAUAUCUUUUCACUUUGUAUAUAGAAAAAUAGGUACUGGCUAGAGUUGUGUAUUCUCUAACCGAUGUCGAGAUCUUGUGAAUAUGUAUAAAAUAUUGGCUAUAUAUAUUGUACAGCUAGUCAUAGUCAAAAUACGCUUAUAAAGUAUAAUAAAACGUGUUACUG